AUGCAAGUGAGAAGCUCCAUUUCAGCCCUAUGGAAUCAAGCUACAUUUUUCUUAUUACUGUUAAUUGGCCCUUGCUUAGCCCUUGAUAAACUGUGGGACAGCCUUACAACAUUUGAAGAGUUACCAGAGCUAGAUAAAAGCUUUGAUAACCUGGAAGGUCAUCAGACAAUAAACAAUUUAAAUUUCCAAGUAUUUGAUUUUCCUAUAGAUCUUUCAACACAGGGAGAGGAUCAUGGAUCAUCUAACCCAUGGCAGUGUUUGUUGGAUGAAUGGUUGGUUCCUGGAUCUGUUACCCCAAAUGGACCUCUUGGAAUACCUGAACAAAGUACAAAAGGGAUAGACAUUGCAACUCAUUCACCACAAGCAAUACCAAUGACCUACCCAGGCACAACAAAUGUUCAAUACCCUCAUGUGGCUCACCUUGAAAGUCCUCCAAAUUCUGACAAGAAUGUGCCCAAUCAUGUUCCAAAUCAAUCAGGAAGCUUUUCAUCAACCAUUACAACAGAACCUCAAGGCAACCAUGCCAUAAGAACUAUCUGUGAUGGACCAAGUGAGGCCCCAAGUGUCCCUGUACCUCUUGAAGAUGAUUUGAGCUUGUUGAUCCCACCAGGACACAUAAGUGAAUCAAGUUCAAUCUCACCAUCAAAAGCCAUUGGAUCGAAAGAAAUUUUGGGCAGUCCAAUACUUGUUCAGCCAGUUCUAGAAAAUUCCACUAAAUCCAAUCAAAAAAAGACUCAUGGUGAAAUGAGAAUUUCCGCAUCCAAACCCAAGUCCAGAAAACGAAAGAAAAUGAAUGUAAUUAUGUCAGAAGAGCAUGAUAUAGAACCAAAUAAAACCAACAAGAGAAUCAAGAUAGGAAAACAAUCACAAGAAAAAAGUAGCAAAAUGUUGGAAGAAGGAUCAAAAAUCAAUAGAAGCCAUUCUGAUUCUUCAAAAAGCUCAGUUGUAACAUCUGGGAAAAUUGAAACUGUUCCUUUACCAUCUACCAAUACCAACCCAAAUCCUAAGGUGACUACUACUAUCAACCCAAGAUUAAUGGAUCUCUAUGAAUUUGAAAGUCAUCUGUUUGUACAAAACAAAAGGUUCAGCAGUAUUUUAAAAAGUAUAGGAUUCAAAGUCACUUCACGUAACACUUUUCCUUUCUGUCUUAGCUAUGGAAAACAACUAGUUUUACAAAACCAUCAUAUCAUUGGUGAUAUGUCUCAGUUCUGGAAUCAAAUCGAAUCAAAAAUGUUGCCUAUCUUGAAGACUUUCUUUCAAGACAGACGUUGUGCUUGGGUUAGCUUGGCUUCCUGGAGAGCUCAACAUUGUAUCUUUCCUUUGUUUAUUCAUAAAGUAACAGAUCUAGAAGAUUUUUUUCGUAGGUUGAAUUUUUGGUGGCCAUUUGAUACUAAAGAAGAUACUUUGAGAUCAUCAGUAAGUUACUUCAAAAAUUGGAUCACAGAAGAGCUCUCUGAAUUUAUCAAGGCAAUCACAGAAUCCAUCAAAGGAAAAGAUCCUAAUCAUCUCUAUGGUACAAGAAACACAUUGUUAACAGAAGAACAAUCUCAUGUGAUCUUUGAGCUAGAGUUUUCUUCAAGUCCUGAUGCUUGGAGAGGUCUUUCUUGGAAAUUGUUAAGGGGUUGGAUCGAUCAGCUUGGUCCGGAGAUGAGAGCUCUGUUUGAAGGUUCAGUAUCUUUAAAUAACUUGAAGAAACUUUACGUCAGGAAGGCUGCUGUGAAUUUUUCUCUUUAUGACACCGCAAGAAAUCACAAAAAGCUUUGGGAUAGUUUUACUCAAGAGUAUAACUUUCCAAAAACUACAGUUGAUGUAAGACGUACAUGGAACAACAAUGAUUGGAGUCACAUAGAAAUCUGA